UGCGGGUUUUCCUCCUUACGAUCCCCACCACCCUCGCAACCACUACCACCACCAUCAUGGUCCUCUCUGGCUCAGGCUUCGUUGGGUACCGCACACGUCUGAUACUGCUUUGAUGCAUCCCCCGAUUGCGUGAUGGCCCCUCCGCUCGCAUGGCGCCUGGCUGCGGCCGCGGCCGUCGCCCUGCAGGGCCUGACGCAAGGUCUUUCGGUCGACCUUGCCGCGGCCGACAGGCUCCGGGGCCGCCUGGAGGCGGUCGACGCCGACAAGCUUGACCAGGUUGCCGAGCUCGCGGUUGCGCUUUCGGGCCGCGCGCCCGCCCUGGACGAGGCCCUGGUCAUGAGGAGGUGGCUGGACGAGGCGAUCAGGGCCUCCGUGGGCCUCGAGGAGGAGGGGGCGGCGAGUCAGCAGGAAGAAAGCGACCCCGAGGAGCCCGAGGAGGAGGACGUCGUCCCCCGCCGCGUCGAGCUCUCGCGCGCCUCGGGCGAGCUCGGUGCACGGCGCCCCGCGCCCGAGGCCGCCAAGCCAGGCAGGAAGGAGGGGAGGCGCCGGCACAAGGCGCCCCGCCGCCGCUCCCGGCGGGAGCAGAGGAGGCUCGACAGGAAGUUUGCGAAGUGGCUGCCCGGUGCAAUCGCUAUUGAGACUGCCACGGAGGAGGAGAGCAACAAUUUGUACGAAGAGCUCCUGAACAUCACGGACGAGGCGGAGGCGAGGGAGCUCUCCCCCGAGCAGGCCGCGAAGGAGCUGAAGAGUAUCCAGGCCAUCUGGGACAAGUACGAGCUGGGCAACGAGAACACCACGGCGGUUUCCAUCCGAAGGUGGAGAAGCUCUCCCCGACCAGCGACACGUGGUUCGAGGACUCGAGCCACCGCCUGCACACCAUGAGCGAGAGCCAGGCGCGCGAGGUCAGCACGAAGCUGCGCGAGGAUCGGGGUGGAGAGUCUGAAGGCGGACCUGGAGCGCGUGAAGAGCGAGGCGGAGAAGCUCAGGCCGCCGUGGGGCGAGCGGGGUCCCCAGACCCCCCCUCGGAGGUCAUGACAACGAUACGACCCUACACUUCCAAGGCUCCCAGGAUGCCAGAAUGUCCUGAAUGUCGCCAUUGCUCCGCACCGGCUGCAAAGACGAGGGCCUCCAGAUGAUCUGGGAGUCCUGGCGCAGAUCCUGCGCCAGUAUGACAUCACGGCCCGGCGCAGUCCACGAGACGGGCGUCGGCCGGCGUGGGCCCUCUGCAAAAGCGCGCGGGGCGCCCGCCGGGCGCCCACGGGCGGGCCCCGUUUUGCAGCUCUGCCGCGGCCUGCGCUUUUUCUCGCGUGCUCGAGAAUCGGGCCCCAGGGGCCGUCUCCGACCGAGGCGGCCUGAAGAAUCCCUUGAGAAUGAUGGGCGAAUCUGCCACCACCACUGCCAGAUUUAGGAC